AUGAGCACGGACGACAGCUCCGUGCGCGUGGCCAUCAGGGUACGGCCGCAGCUGCCUCGCGAGCGCCUGGAUGGCUGCCACGUCUGCACCUCGAUCACACCUGGAGAGCCUCAGCUGGUCCUGGGCUCAGACCGGGCCUUCACAUUUGACCACGUCCUGGACCAGGACUGCAGCCAAGACCAGGUCUACAACAGCGUCACGGCGCGACUGGUGGAGGGCUGUCUGCAGGGCUACAACGCCACAGUGCUAGCAUACGGACAGACUGGCUCGGGUAAGACCUUCACCAUGGGGACUGGAUUUGAAGUCAGCGUUCUGGAGGAGGACCAGGGCAUCGUCCCCAGAGCUGUCCAUCAUCUGUUCACCUCCAUCGAGAAGAAGAAGAAGUCUGCGGCUGAAGAGGGACGACCCGCGCCAGAGUUCAAGACCACUGCCCAGUUCAUAGAGCUGUACAACGAGGAAGUUCUAGACUUGUUUGACACGAGUCGUGACAUGAAGCAGAAGUCUCAUAUCCGGAUCCAUGAGGACCCGAGUGGAGCCAUCCACACCGUGGGAGUGACCACAAGAGAGGUCCAGAGCCAGGAAGAGAUGAUGCAGUGUCUCAAACUGGGGGCCCUGUCCCGGACCACGGCCAGCACACAGAUGAACGUCCAAAGCUCUCGCUCUCACGCCAUCUUCACCAUCCACCUGAGCCAAGUGAGAGUGUGUGCCAGCAACAAGGAGGACAGUCCUGAGUCAGAGGUGGACGAGUACGAGACGCUGACGGCGAAGUUUCAUUUUGUGGAUUUGGCCGGAAGUGAACGACUGAAGAGAACGGGGGCCACGGGCGACCGAGCCAAAGAGGGCAUAUCCAUCAACUGUGGGCUGCUGGCUCUGGGGAACGUGAUUAGUGCAUUGGGAGACUGCACGAAGAGGCCCGGUCACGUCCCGUAUCGAGACUCCAAACUCACACGGCUCCUACAGGACUCUCUGGGAGGAAACAGGUGCGACCGCUACACCGACCGCUACACCAAUAACUACACCGAUAAAUACACAGACCGCUACACCGACCGCUACACUGAUAACUACACAGACCGCUACACCGACUGUUACACCGACUGCUACACCGAUAACUACACCGACCGCUACACCGAUAAAUACACGGACCGCUACACCGACUGUUACACCGACUGUUACACCGACUGUUACACCGACUGCUACACCGACCGCUACACCGAUAACUACACCAACCGCUACACCGACCGCUACGCCGACCGCUACACCGACCGCUACGCCGACCGCUACACCGACCGCUACGCCGACCGCUACACCGACCGCUACGCCAACCGCUACACCGACCGCGACACCGACCGCGACAUCGACCGAAUAUAG